AUGGAUUUUGAUCCAGUUUUUUGUCUUUUAUGUUUUAAGCGUGAAAAUCCCGACAAUGCGGUAAGCUGUGACGAGAAACCAAAAGUUGUUACUAUUUUGUGUCGCCAGUUUUGGUUUUCUCCUGAAGAAAUCCAGCAAAAGUACGUGUGUGGCAUCUGCUGGACGUAUGUAGACGAUUUUAACAACUUCUACGAACAAAUUAAAUUGAUACACUGCGCAGAUGAGCAACAAGAAAUAGAGCUGGAGGAGGAUUCAAUCCAUUUCGGGGAUAAUGAGUUGAACGGAACGGAAAUUUUGCUAGAAGAAGAAUCAUCUAUGUUCGAAGGCAAACCAGUUAUAGAUGAAUGCCACGAACCUGAUCCUUUGGUGUAUCGGACAAACGUGGAAACGAUUGUAAUUGAAUCAAUCGAUGUUGAGGGCACGUUAAGUGAACGUCCUAUCGGAACCAAUGCUGAAUGUGCAAACUUAUCUAAAGAAAGGGGAGGUAAAAGAGAACAAACAGGGCAAAAAUUGAUUGGAAAUUCAACAAAACGGGAAACGCAAGAUUAUGCAUACGAAGAGUGUAAUUAUGUACUACCCGAAAAAAAUAUGCUAGGUGAACACCGGAAAGAACAUGCAACAUCAAGUUUACAACACACUUGUGUGGAAUGUAGGAAAUCGUUUUGCACUGUACGGCUUCUGCAACAACAUCACAAAAGAGAUCAUGGGCCGGGACUUAUGUGCGACAUAUGUUCAAAAUGGUUUAAAACUGGGGAUGGUUUGCGUAACCACCAGAAAAAUUGCCACUAUCCGCAACGCACAGAGCGCGUAGAAUGUUCAAUAUGCAAAAGAUGGCUGAAAAACAUCGGAAGCCUGAACAAGCACAUGGUCAGACAUAAGACAAGCGGUAAACCCAAUAUAUGUGAGAUCUGUGGCAAGGUAGCCCCGACAUAUACGGCACUGAAAAGCCACAAAUUGUUUGUACAUGAGAUGGAACGAACUUUCCGUUGUCUAAUUUGUAAAAAAGCUUUUAAACGAGCAUUUACCUUAAAGGAACACAUGACAACACACACCGGCAGCUCACUGUACAAUUGUCCACACUGCACAAGAACUUUCAAUUCCUCUGCCAAUUUACACGCGCACAGGAAAAAGAAGCAUCCGAAAGAGUGGGAGAAAAGCCGCAACGAAUAUGAAAAGCGUUUUAUGGGAAAAUAA